CACACCUGAGAGGCAGUACCACACCUGAGAGGCAGGUAUACACCCCUUCCGUGUACUGAAGUGAAAGAGAAAAUGUUUUGAACCUUCGACAGAUCCCAACAAAACAAAAGGUCUGUAUUUAUUCCUGAAGAACUCACCUUUAUAAAAACAGCACAGACCUCUGAAAAUGAGUUCCCAUGAUGAUGAGGAUAAAGCUGAGAGAGAUAUGAAAAAUAUACCCAGAUCAUCUGACCUCAGCGUUGUGUCUAUGAAGAGUGACACGUCAAUGGACUUUCCAUUAACGUUUCAGGAGACAGACCAAAUAAGAAAACUUACAAUUAGAGAUAUGAAAAAAAUACCCAGAUCAUCUGACCCCAGCGUCGUGUCGAUGAAGAGUAACACGUCAAUGGACUUUCCAUUAACGUUUCGAGAGACAGAUCACAUAAGAGAGAGACAUGACACAUCAAAUCCUUCCACAUCGAAGUUUGAAGCUGAAUCACAGCCUUUAGUGAUGGAGUGCAAAGAGCAUCAGAGUGGUAUCGAAGUUGCGGUACAGCAAAUAAUGAAGAAGUUCAAAUCGAAAAUGCAGAUAAAGUUCCAGAUGAUUAAUGAGGGAAUCUCAAUGUAUGGAAACUUAAGACUUCUAAAUGAGAUUUACACAGAACUCUACAUCACAUCAGAUUGUGAGUGUGGACACAUUAAUGAUGAACAUGAGAUCAGACGUAUUGAAAAGGCAUGUAGGAGAAUAAUAACAGAGGAUUCCAUCAAUUAUAAUGACAUAUUUAAAGCCUUACCUGGAGAUGAGAAACCCAUCAGAGCUGUGCUAACAGAAGGCAUUGCUGGAAUUGGGAAAACAGUUUCUGUUCAGAAGUUUGUCCUGGACUGGGCUGAAGGAAAAGCAAAUCAGGAUUUGGACUUUAUUUUUCCAUUUAACUUCAGGGAGUUGAAUUUUAAGAAACAAGAACAUCUCAGUUUGUUGGAGCUUGUCCACUUUUUUUUCCCAGACACCAAAGAACAUAAAAUAGACUUUCAUCGUUACAAAAUCUUGUUCAUCUUUGAUGGACUGGACGAGUCUCGUUUUUCUCUGGAUUUCACAAACAGUAAAAUGUUGACUGAUCCAACAGAAUCAGCUUCAAUAGAAACUCUGUUAACAAACCUUAUUAACAGGAAUCUGCUUCCAUCUGCAUUUCUCUGGAUAACAUCUCGACCAGCAGCAUCCAGUCAGAUUCCUGCUGUUUAUAUUGACAGAGUAACAGAGGUACGAGGCUUCAAUGACCCUCAGAAAGAUGAGUACUUCCUGAAAAGGAUCAGAGAUCAAAUCCUGGCUAAUAAAAUAAUCUCACACCUAAAGUCAACUCGGAGUCUUUAUAUUAUGUGCCACAUCCCAGUCUUCUGCUGGAUUUCAGCGACUGUUCUUGAGGGAAUGUUCAGUGAAGCAGAAAGUGGAGAGAUCCCAAAGACCCAGACUCAAAUGUUCACACAUUUCCUGAUCUUACAGAUAAAACUCGGAUCCCAAAAGUACAAAAAAUGUGAAAUGAAUCCUGAACAGAUUGCAGACAUUGUAUUUAAACUGGGAAAGCUGGCGUUCCAGCAGCUGGAGAAAGGAAACCUGAUCUUCUAUGUGGACGACAUCAUUGAGUGUGGGAUUGAUGUCCAAGAGGCCGCGGUGUACUCAGGGGUUUGUACUCAGAUCUUUAUUGAGGAAGUCACUUCACAGCUGGGGAAAGUGUACAGCUUUGUGCAUCUGAGUGUUCAGGAGCAUCUUGCAGCUUUGUAUGUAUUUCUCUCACGUGUCAAUGGAAAUCUCUCAAAACAACAAACCGCUGAAAUCUUCGGCCUCUCCAGCAAAGCAACACUGAUAGACCUUCUAAAGACAGCAGUAGACAAGGCCAUGCAGAGUGAGAAUGGACACCUGGACCAUUUCCUCCGCUUCCUCAUGGGUUUCUCACUGGGGUCCAAUUCGGUUCUCUUCCAGUGCCUACUGACAGAGACAGGACGCAGCUCUCUGAGCAAAGAUGCUGCAGUCACAAACAAGGAAAUAACCACAUACAUCAAGGAGAAGAUUAGAGAGAAUCCAACCGAAUGCACAACCAUCAAUCUCUUCUAUUGUCUGAAUGAACUGAAUGACCAGUCUCUGGUACAGGAAGUUCAAGGCUUUUUGAAAAAAAGAGAAAAUUAUCGACUCCGUGGAGUCCAACUUUCUCCAGUUCAGUGGUCAGCUCUGGUUUUCUUGCUGCUGAACUCAGAACAGGAGAUAGAAGAGUUCAACCUACAGAAGUAUGAAGCAUCGGAUGAGUGUCUGAAGUACUUGUACCCUGUUGUCACUGCAUCCAGAAAAGCUCUGCUGUGUGAUAGUAAUCUCACAACGAGAAGCUUCAGAGUUCUGGCUAAAAAAGUUCUCGUAGCAGACGCAUCAUGUCUGAGAGAGCUGGACCUGAGUGAUAAUAAACUGCAGGAUUCGGGAGUCAAACUGCUUUGUUCUGGGUUGAAGAGCCCAAAGUGUAGAUUGGAAAUCUUACGGCUGCGUAACUGUGACAUUACAGACAAAGGCUGUCGCGCUCUUGCUGCAGCUCUGAGUUCAGAGUCACACCUGAGAGAACUGGAUCUGAGAGAUAAUGCUUUAAAAGACCAGGGAGUGCAGCUGCUCACUCAAAUAAAGGAAGAUGGAAAGUACACACUGGAGAAGUUGGAAAUCUAAAUCUCCAGACCAGACCAGGUGUAAGGAUGAACCCGAUGAAGCUCUUUUGCUGUUAUUCUUUAUAAUUUUACAAUCUUUACAAUUGUUUUAAUGAGUUCAGUAGAGAGAAUUAGGGACAUAGUUUUUUUAGCUAACCAAGAAAACAUUAGUGGUGUUUGUUGUUAUAAACAGAAAUGUAACCAAAUGACUAUUAUUUUUUAUACAUUUGUAAAAUAGUGGAUGAAUCUCAUUUAACUCUUUACACGUCAUUAGGUAAACUACUGUAUUUAUACCAUAGACUAUACUGUGGAGUUAUCUAUUGACACAUAUAAUGACAUAAUAGACACCUCAGAUUGCUGUGCAGUAAUUUGUAGUUGAAUGUAUGUUUAUGUAAACUGUUCACUACUAUACCACUAUAAUAAUAAAAAAUGUAAUCCAGUAAUGUAAUUUUUUAUCACUGAUGUUAUCACUUACACUCACGAUAAGCUUGUUCUGCAUGUGUUUAUGUUACAGAAGUUAGAGAUUUUCAACACUUAAGUGUAAAAUAAUAUAAAUUCUCGGUGGAAUAAUUCACAGCCACCAGGGUUAGCGUUAAUCGAGACUUAACACUUGUAGUGAGGUUGAUGACUGGGUUUGUAUGUUUUAUUAAUGAGAAAAAUUAAGAGCUACACAAACUUCAGGCUUGCUCAUGAGGGAUUAAUAUGACUUUCAUUUUAAACAUUUUUUGCUUUAGAUACUUUUGUAGUCUGUACAUCACUGAUUCUGUCUGUACAGUGACUGGGAUUAGUCUGAUAUAUCUACUUGUUUUAACUUACACUCAUCACUGUCUCUGCCCCUGACAUUUCUGAACAUUUCACAUAUAACAAAGCACAAAGUAAAAGACCUAAAUAAUAAACAUUUUAAAACACU